AUGCGAUGUUGCCCAGAGAAGAAUGAUAUGAGUUAUUUUUCUUGUUUUGCAUUACGUCAAAAUUUAUUUGAAUGUUUUCGAAAUACGGAAUUAAGUAGUCUGUCCGUUACUCAGUCUACAGCAAGUUCGAGUGAACUUCAUUUGGUAAAUACUAGAAAGACAGCCACUCUAUAUUCGUGUAUUGUACAAAUUGUUUACGAAAAACUGAACGAUGAAGAAAAUAUAUAUCCUCUUUCUGCUCCACUGGCGAUUAUUAUAGAGGCAUCACGAGAAUUAGCAGAGCAAACAAUGAAUCAAAUUCAACAUUUUCAGUCAAAAUUCAUUAAUUCUAAAAUAAGAACGGUUUUAAUUCUGAACGGUUCAGCAACGACAGAUACAUCCACAAUAUUAACAGCUGAUAUUCUAAUUGUUGUACCAAUGUGUCUUUAUCAAUUAGUCAUUCGAGGAGCAAUAAGUGUAUCAGAAAUGAAUUUUUUUAUGUUGAAUGAUGCUAUACCACAAUCUUUGUCUAAUACCGCAUGUGUUUUUGUUGACAACUUAUCACAUUUGAAACAAGUAGUCGUACAAUUAGAAAAAUCAGAUAUGAUUAGUUUCGACUUUGAAUUUAAUCAAAGCACAAUAUCUACCGUUCAGCUAUCAAAUGGUCAUUGUGACUAUGUAAUUAAUUGCACAUCUAUCAAUAGACCGAAAGAAACAUUUCAUAUCUUAAAAUCGAUAUUUGAAAAUUACGAUAUUGUAAAGAUAGGACAUGACACAAAACAAGAUCUGAUUUUUUGUGAAAAAGUUAACAUAAAAAUAAUAAAUUUUUAUGAUAUUCAGUAUGGCCAUUUUGUUUUAAUGCAAAGAACAACUGAUAAUAUUUUAUCAUUACCAAAGAUCUGUGAAACAUAUGGUAAUGGUAAAAUUGAAUUCGUUUCACCAUCCGAAAAAAAGCGGUUUCAGAGGAAAAAUUAUGAUAAACUAACAAUAAAUGAUGAAUUAUCUAUUCAAUACUUAAGAUUAGAUGUGCAUAAUUUGAUCUAUGUUUUUCAACAAAUAUUCAUUUUACUGUUAUUCAAGAAAAUUGAUUGGAAAAAUCGAACAUGUCAUGAUAAAUCGUCGAAAAAAAAGUCUACUCAAAGGCUACUUCUUCUAUCCGGUGAUAAAGAAGAAGAUUCUGAAGAAGAAUUUCCAACAGUAACAAUCGGCUUAACAUCAGAUGAACGAUAUGAACUCGAUAACUCGUUUUCGUCCUCAAGACAACAACUUUGGCCGCCACCUAGUGCUUCAGCUAGCGCUCGAUUAGAUUCGAUGCGCGAAACUGGAGCACCUAGGUGGAAAAUGUUUUCAGAUGACACUGCACCAUCUUCUUCGUUACAAUCAACAACACAAGGAUUGUCGUUGCUACCUAGUGCUUUAGCUAGCGCUCGAUUAGAUUCGAUGCGCGAAACUGGAGCAUCUGGAGACAAUAUAUUUUCAAAUGAUAUAGCAUCAUCUUCAACACAAUCUGUUGUUAAUAUUCGCGUUUGUUUAGAUGAACCUCCUCAACAUAUGAUCAAAUUAAAAGCAUUACUUAAGGAACAUUUCAAAAAUAAUCCAUUAUUAGAUACCGUUCCAGAUUUAUUUAUUAUUGAUUUGACACAUGACAUCAAAUUUGUUGAUAUAUCACAUCAUAUUAACAUGAAACAAUAUUUAAUGAAUAGCAUGAACACUGUCCAGCUUUAUGAAUUGAAGAAUACGAUUCAUUAUUCUGGAAAAAAUCAAUUAAUCUACGAAAAAGUUAUUGGAGAUACUGUAUUCGAGCAUGACUCCAAAAAAUACGACGACCUCGAACUCCGUCGACAAAUGGAACAGAGAGAGAAACGUGGCAUUCCAGUUAAACGAAAAGGCCGACCACAACCAAGUGAUGAGGCGAUAUGUACCGAUCAGUUACAAGUCAUAAAUGAAGCUGAUGCAUUAGAUGAUGCAACAUCGGACAAGGAAAAUCGUGCAGCUGACGCAGCAUCUUCAGAUCAACCAGGGUGUGCUCGAUUAGAUUCGAUGCGCAGAUCACGGAAAUCUGUUGAAGACGGUGCAGCUACAGAUAGUCUUAUAACUGAUGAUAUGCAAUCACCAAUAAUAUCAAUCUCAUCUCAACAAAAAUUAAAAGAAACACCACUGAGAAGUAACGAAAAACAUAAGCCGGAGACAACAGCUGCACAAAUUAAAGGUGAAAUUGCAAAACAAAAACAAAUUCACCAAGAACAGUCACAAAUGAAACAACAACAAAGCACUACUAAAAAACGAAAAACAUCGACUAUCACCAGCCAUAAUGAAGAGCAAGACAUAGGAACGCCUUCCAAAAAUAUUCGUCCAGAUUUUGUUACACCACAGCGAAAAGCAGAACGUCAUUCAACAGAACAACAAACUGUACAAAAAAAGACUAAUACUGCAUCAAGUAUUACAAUAACAGCUGCCUCACCAUCGUUAAUGCCCGAUCCCAGCGCUCGAUUAGAUUCGACGCAGAAAAGACGUGACUUCGAUGAAGAGCAUUCAGAUAAAGAUUCAGAAGACGAAGGUGAUGCUAGUGCUGAAAGUGCCGUUGUUAAGAAACUAAAGGAGUUAGAAAAAAAAUAUGAUAAAUUACGAUCUGAAUAUGAACGAUUAAAAUGUAGCCAUAACAGAUUAAAGCAAAGUACAAUACCGAAACCAGAUGCACAUACUCAGAAAUAUUUAAUUAGUAUUGCUGAACAUUUCAAAGCAGAAGUAGCAGGCGAAGACCAAUUUGAUCGAUUGGCUGAAACGCUGCGAAUAACCACAGCAAGGUUGUUACUUUGUACUCGUACAUGUAUGACAAAAACAACAAGAGAAAUCUUGAAAACUGUUUUAACACCGGAAGAAAUUGCUUCUUACAAAAGUAAAGACGAUGUUGCUCCUGAGGUUCGUGCUGCAAUACAUGUUUCACCAACAUCGACGGAACCAAAAUUUACGACAGAUAACUGCACUGAUGAUUUAAAUGAUUGGCACAAUGAUAUAAAUGACAAGUGCAAUGAUGACAUAUCUCAUACAGACGAUGAAUUCAACCGUGAUGAGGUGACAUCGUGCAAAUGUGAAAAUAUAGAAUGUUCAGAAGCCGAAGGCUAUACACAAACACCAUUACAGCUACUUCAUAUGCCAAUAAAGCCACAAGUCACCGAAAUACUUGCACGAUCACCGCAUUUGAAUAUCCAACUACAAUCUAAGCAGUCAAGACCAAUUAUUAAAGACAUCUAUGAUGGUAUUCGUUACCGUUCCGUGUGUGAAAAUGAAGUGGGCAAGUUUUUAAGUCUAACCAUGAACACGGAUGGAAUACAAGUAUCGAAAAGCUCCAAUUUAUCGUUGUGGGUGAUAUCGUUUGUCAUUAAUGAAAUUCAAAGAAAAGAAAGAUUUAAAAUGAACAAUGCCAUUAUAGCAGGAAUCUGUUCAGGCUCUUCCAAGCCAAGUCGUAAUCAGAUGAGAAAUAUAUUUAAUUUAAUUGUGAAGGAACUCCUCGUCCUUCAAAAUGGGCACUAUUAUGAAGUUGCAUCGUUAGAUAGUUCCAUGAUAAAAUUAAAAUUACAUUUAUUGGUAGCUUGUUGUGACAAGCCUGCCGCUGCAAUGAUACAGAACAUCGGUGAACCGCAGGGUAUAUUUGGUUGCGGACGAUGUCAUAUUGAAGGGAUAACUGUGCCAUAUAGUGAUGAUCAAGGAAAGCGCAUUCGUGUUUUUCCUAUAACAGAAGGCGAUAAAGAGGAAGUCUUACGUACUAAUGAAACGUACGAUGAGUGUGUUUCAUUUAUUGAACAAGAGCAGCAAUUAGUAAAGUCGAAAAUGGCAAAUAAGAAGCCAAGAAAUAGAAAACUCUCGAUUAUUGAAAAAGAAGCUUUUAAACAUCUUAAAGCCGGCCAUCCGUCGAUUGUUGAAGUUAUGGUUUAG